CCUGGCAGGCUGCGAGUGCCCGCACCACCAGAGCCCACUUUGCCGGCAGCUGCCCCUCCCUGUCCCCCGGAGCCGAGCUCCUUACCUGCCCUCCGCCCACCCGCGGGCCCGCCGCCAACUUCUCCGUACAACUGGGGGUAACCGGCAGUUCUUGCUUCCUCUUCUGUCCCGAAGGCAUCUGCAUGUCUCCGGACACCUGAACACUCCACUCUGGUCCCACCGAGGAGACUCCCAGUGGGGAAAGGAGCACCGGUCUCCCUCGAUCAGCACAUCAGCCCAGAUCGCGGACUCCUCACCUCCUGGUCCCGUCCCCUCCUUUUCCUGCGGGGGAGGAGGAUGGGGUUGGACACGCUUUCCCCGAGGAUGCUCGUGUGGCUGGUGGCCUCGGGGAUUGUUUUCUACGGGGAGCUGUGGGUCUGCGCUAGCCUCGAUUAUGAUUACACUUUUGAUGGGAACGAAGAGGAUAAAGCGGAGACGAUAGACUACAAGGACCCGUGUAAAGCCGCUGUGUUUUGGGGUGAUAUUGCCUUAGAUGAUGAAGACUUAAAUAUCUUUCAAAUUGAUAGAACAAUUGACCUUACACAGAAUCCCUUUGGAAAACUUGGACAUACCACAGGUGGAUUUGGAGACCAUGGUAUGUCAAAGAAAAGAGGAGCUCUCUACCAACUAAUUGACAGGAUAAGAAGAAUUGGCUCUGGCUUGGAGCAGAAUAACACAGUUAAGGGAAAAGUACCUCUAAAAUUCUCAGGGCAAAAUGAAAAAAAUCGAGUUCCCAGAGCUGCUACAUCAAGAACUGAAAGAAUAUGGCCUGGAGGAGUUAUUCCUUAUGUUAUCGGAGGCAACUUCACUGGCAGCCAGCGAGCCAUGUUUAAGCAGGCCAUGAGGCACUGGGAAAAGCACACGUGUGUGACAUUCAUUGAAAGAAGCGAUGAAGAGAGUUACAUUGUAUUCACAUACAGGCCUUGUGGAUGCUGCUCCUAUGUAGGUCGACGAGGAAAUGGACCUCAGGCCAUCUCUAUUGGCAAGAACUGUGAUAAAUUUGGAAUUGUAGUUCAUGAAUUGGGCCAUGUCAUAGGCUUUUGGCAUGAACACACAAGACCAGAUCGAGAUAACCAUGUAACCAUCAUACGAGAAAACAUCCAGCCAGGUCAAGAGUACAAUUUUCUGAAGAUGGAGCCUGGAGAAGUGAACUCACUUGGAGAAAGAUAUGAUUUUGACAGCAUCAUGCACUAUGCCAGGAACACCUUCUCAAGGGGGAUGUUUCUGGAUACCAUUCUCCCUAACCGUGAUGACAAUGGCAUACGUCCAGCAAUUGGUCAGCGAACCCGCUUAAGCAAAGGAGAUAUUGCACAGGCAAGAAAGCUGUAUAGAUGUCCAGCCUGUGGGGAAACUCUGCAAGAAUCCUACGGCAACCUUUCCUCCCCAGGAUUUCCAAACGGCUACCCUUCUUACACACACUGCAUCUGGAGAGUUUCUGUAACUCCAGGAGAGAAGAUCGUUUUAAAUUUUACUACAAUGGACCUAUACAAAAGUAGUUUGUGCUGGUAUGACUACAUUGAAGUAAGAGAUGGGUACUGGAGGAAAUCACCUCUCAUUGGUAGAUUCUGUGGGGACAAAUUGCCUGAGAUUCUUACCUCUACAGACAGCAGAAUGUGGAUUGAGUUUCGUAGCAGCAGUAAUUGGGUAGGAAAAGGUUUUGCAGCUGUCUAUGAAGCAAUCUGUGGAGGUGAGAUACGUAAAAAUGAAGGACAGAUUCAGUCUCCUAAUUAUCCUGAUGACUACAGACCAAUGAAAGAAUGUGUGUGGAAAAUAACAGUGUUGGAGGAUUACUAUGUUGGAUUGACCUUUCAGGCCUUUGAGAUUGAAAGGCAUGACAACUGUGCCUACGACUACCUAGAAGUUCGAGAUGGAACCAGUGAAAAUAGCCCUUUGAUAGGUCGUUUCUGUGGUUAUGAUAAACCUGAAGAUAUCAGAUCAACCUCCAAUACCCUGUGGAUGAAGUUUGUUUCUGAUGGAACUGUUAACAAGGCAGGAUUUGCUGCUAAUUUUUUCAAAGAGGAAGAUGAGUGCGCCAAACCUGAGCGUGGAGGCUGUGAGCAGCGGUGUCUGAACACACUGGGCAGCUAUCAGUGCGCCUGUGAGCCUGGCUACGAGCUGGGACCUGACAAAAGGAGCUGUGAAGCUGCUUGUGGAGGACUUCUUACCAAGCUCAAUGGCACCAUAACAACUCCAGGCUGGCCCAAGGAGUAUCCUCCGAAUAAAAACUGCGUGUGGCAAGUGGUUGCCCCAUCUCAGUACAGAAUUUCUAUGAAGUUUGAGUAUUUUGAAUUAGAAGGCAAUGAAGUUUGCAAAUAUGAUUAUGUGGAGAUCUGGAGUGGCCUUUCCUCUGAGACAAAGCUGCAUGGCAAAUUCUGCGGUGCUGACGUGCCUGAAGUGAUCACAUCCCAGUUCAACAACAUGAGAAUUGAAUUCAGAUCUGACAAUACCGUUUCCAAGAAGGGCUUCAAAGCCCAUUUCUUCUCAGACAAAGAUGAGUGCUCUAAGGACAAUGGAGGGUGUCAACAUGAAUGUAUCAACACAAUGGGAAGCUACACGUGUCAGUGUCGUAAUGGAUUUGUGCUGCAUGAAAAUAAACAUGACUGCAAGGAAGCUGAGUGUGAACAGAAGAUCCACAGUUCAAGUGGGAUCAUAACCAGUCCCAACUGGCCAGACAAGUACCCAAGCAGGAAGGAAUGCACAUGGGAAAUCAGCGCCACUCCUGGCCACCGAAUCAAAUUAUCCUUUAGUGAGUUUGAGAUUGAGCAACAUCAAGAAUGUGCUUAUGAUCACUUGGAAGUAUUUGAUGGAGAAACAGAAAAAUCACCAAUUCUUGGACGACUAUGUGGCAACAAGUUACCAGAUCCCCUUGUGGCUACUGGAAAUAACAUGUUUGUUCGGUUUGUUUCUGAUGCAUCUGUUCAAAGAAGAGGCUUUCAAGCCACACAUUCUACAGAGUGUGGUGGCCGACUGAAAGCAGAAUCCAAACCCAGAGAUCUGUACUCACACGCUCAGUUUGGUGAUAACAACUACCCAGGACAGGUUGACUGUGAGUGGCUGUUAGUGUCCGAACGGGGCUCUCGACUCGAGUUAUCCUUCCAGACAUUUGAAGUGGAGGAAGAAGCUGACUGUGGCUAUGACUACGUCGAACUCUUCGAUGGUCUCGACCCAACGGCUGUGGAGCUAGGUCGAUUCUGCGGAUCAGGGCCACCAGAAGAACUCUCUUCAAUUGGGGAUGCAGUUUUAAUUCAUUUUCAUACUGAUGACACAAUCAACAAGAAAGGAUUUCAUAUAAGAUAUAAAAGUAUAAGACAUCCAGAUACCAUGCAUACCAAAAAAUAAUGCCAAAACCUCCAUCAGAACCUAUAGAAAUGUGCAUAAUGGAAAGAUGUAUUUUUUUUAAAACUGAAGUACAAAUGUUUUAUAUAAUGAGUUUGGACAAAAGAAAAAGGAAAGAAUGAAUAAAAAAAAGACCAGUAUUAUGUAUUAAAAGAGAAGUUUCUGGCUAACCUAGAUCAGCAUUACAACGUUAUUUGAACUUCAUGUUUGGCAGUAUUAAUAAAGUUGGUGAAACGACAUCAUGUGCUUCAAGGAAGACUCUAAAAGCUUUUGUUUAUAGUUUGACAUGGAUGCCUCACAGUUCAGACAGUGUGAAUCAGGGGCUGUGACCCUACAGAGUUUUCAUUUUGACAAUUUUUUUUAAGACUUGGUGGAAAUAAAAUGAUCUUGCAGGUCACAAACUGGAAAACCCUCUAAUGUAUCUUUGUAUAAUUGCUUUGUAUCUAGGAUACAGUACAAACCAGAUCCAUAUAAGGUGAUGUGAAGUGGGAGUUUUAAAAGGGUGGUUUGUACUUUAAAUGGAUGUGUGUCUGGAGUUUGGAAACUGGAAUAUUUCAGCUUCAUUAUUUUCACUUGCAGCCUAGCUUAACCUCUCUGAAACAGAAAUGAUCCACUUCAUUUUACUCUCAUUUUGACAAGUUUGAAAUGUCAAUAGUGUCAAUUAUUGCAGUUAAACUCUAGACAUCAUUUAUUUAAGUUUCUGAAAAUGCCCAGUUGAUCGGUAAACAGCUCUUUCUGUGGAAGAGCUGCCUUCUCACCCCAAAUCCAAGAAGCCCUGUGAUGUCUUAUGGACCUUAUGGAAAAACUCCUGGGAGCCCUGAGCAUGAGUUUUUGAAAUGACUGCCUGGAUGGUUCAUACACAAGUUACCACUGCUGCUAUUGUCUUUCUUUUGACUAUUUUGUGGACCUGUUCUUGUAGUUGUUAUUGUUGAUGUUAUCAUUGUUUAUAUUGUAUUUAAAAAAAAUGAAAUGAGAUGAAGCAGAAGUAGGUCUUAUAAGAAUUGAAAGAACUCUUUCUUUCUCCUAUUGGGAUUUGGUUUAAAAGAUAAAACAAUGUUGGGAAAAAGGAUUCAUUUCUGAAAGACUUUCUAUGGUGCUAUUCCAUAAACAUAUUUUUCUUUAAACAAAGUUUUUGACCUUUGAGCCAACAACCUGUAGACUAUGAAUGUCUCCUUAUGUCUGGCUGGUGGCAUUUGAAGAAUAAAGACUUGUUAAAUCUAUCAAGAGUAUAUUGUUGCAAUGGCAGCACUUGUCCUGUCAGACAACUACUUAUAAUGCCUUAGAAUUCCUGCACAUGAUCAACAGGUCCUUCUAUAGAUAGUCCUUUUGAAAUGUUGAACAUAAUAGUGUAUGUUAAUUAACAGUUCUAUGGGGAAAAUCCAUUUCCAUGACCAAGAAAUAUGAUGACCUACUUUUGUUGUAGAAAAUGUAAUUUUAGGAUGAAUUUUCUUCUUUAAAGCCGUGUGUGUUUUUAAUACUAAUGUAUGUACAUGUAGGGUUGUCUGAAUGAGUGAAGCUACAAGAAGAUGAAAAGUAGUAGAUGGUUGAAAAGUUAAAAUUUAUGUGCCAAGUUCUAUAUUCCUGUUUGAAGUAGCACCUUUCUUAGAAGGUUUCAUGGACAAAUAAUGGGAACUUCUAAUCAUUACCAACCCAUUAAAUAAAUGGUUCUUUCCUUUAAAGACACUCUAUUUUGAUAUUAUUUGAUCAUUCCACAUGAAUGAUUCCACAUUUAAUAAAAUGGGUAUUUUUUCUCAUUUUUACAAAAUUAAACCAUAAACAGAAAUGUGGUUUAUUUGUUUUUCACCUGAAAAGCUUUUCUUGCAUAUGAAUUAUAAAAUGUAAAUACAUUUUUGAAACCAACCUUUUGAUUUCAGUGAAUGUUACUUUGGAAAUGUGUAACUAUUGCCUGCAAUAUAGACGGGCUUUUUAGUGGAGCUGAUUUAUUCCAGUAACAUCUUCCACAUGUUUUUCAUUGAUCUCUGAUUAGCCAAAAUAUACUAGGGAUGGGGAGGAGAGGAGAAACACACAUUUAUUGAACACCUGCAGUAUACUAUGUCUUAGGCUAGUGUCACACACUAGCUCUUUUUAAACUUCAUGCUUCCCUUUAAGAUCUGUGGUAAUGGUCUCAUUUUGUAGUUCAGGAACCGAGGCUCAAAGAGAUUCUGUGACCUUCCAGGGUCAAGUAUAAAGUCAGAUGUUGAAUCCCAGCUUAUCUGACAUCAAAAUCUGUGCUUUUUCUGCAAAAGGUAGUAGAAUCAAUCUUGAUAUAUAUAAGUAGUAGAUUUUUUUUUGAUGAAACUUUUCCACAUGAAUUAAAGUUUAGGGAUGAAUUACAGUAAAACAUUCAGGGUACCUAUAUUUCUCCCUUCAGAAACAGCAUGAGAAUUAGAAUAUCAAUUGUAGAUAUCUUUGAGAACCACAGUUAGUACUAGAAAUGCUAAAAAAACAACAAAAAUCUACUGUAUGGUUUGGUGUCACUAACCAGGGACCUUUUGUUUUAGAAAAUAUGUUAUUUUAUCUGGCAUGGUAGGGGAAAUGUAGUGUGUUCUAUUUUAAGAAAUAUUCUGGAUAUUUCAGUUGGCAUCUUAUUAGGCAACAAUGAACUGUAUUAACCCAAGCUGAGAAAUUAAAGGAAGAAGGUAUUUAGAAGGCAUAUAGAGCUGUUGUCAUAAUGUUGUCUUCAAUUUUUAUUUUAUUGUAUACCAGAUAUCAAUUUACUACUUAAUAUUAGUUUUUAUAUUGAUACUAUAUUUGCCUUAAAUAUGUUGUUAAAUGAAAAUACAGACAGCUUCACUGUUGUUUUGUUAAUAAUUGCUAGUUACUGUUCUGGACAUUUUAUUAAAUUAAUUUUGUAAAUUAUUUUCAACCCAUAUAUCAGUAUAUUGGUUGUGCUUUAUAUUUGCCAAAGUUCUAAUUCCCAUGCAAUAUUCUCACUGAGUAUACUCAGAAAGAAAAGAAAACCUGCUUCCUCCUAACAUAAAUCUAUCAAAUUAUUUUUAAAAGUCAGUUUCUGAUGUAAAUCUAGAUUAUUAAGGAGAUCAUGACUUACUAUAAUUGAACAAAAAAAAAUUUUUAAAGAAAUGCCUGAGAAACAGCAAUUAUAUUACCAAAGCCCCCAAAUAUCCCAUGUUUAUAUUAGGUGGAUUGCUACUAUCUAGGACUAAUUUUAAUAUGUCACAGUAUCAGCAUCAAAUUCUGGUCAUUUUUUAAAAAUACCAAAGUCUCAUUUUAUAUGGUUUGUACCAUGACUAUAUGUUUAUUGGUGAGAUUCAAAUAUCAUUUUUUGCUCUCCAUAUAGAAAAGUCAUUAAAAGAA